AUGGGAGACUUCGGCGCUGUGACCCAAACCCAAACGUCCACGCCAGCAGGCACGCCCUGUCCCGCGCCCACGUCUAGAGAGAUAUCCGUCCUAAUCACGGGUUUUGGGCCCUUCAAAACCAACCUGGUCAACGCCUCCUACCUAAUCGCAUCCUCGCUCCCAUCCUCCUUCGCCUACCCAACCAAAGAUGGCAUCGACCGUCGCGUCUCGCUCCAUGUCCACCCAACCCCCAUCCCGGUAGCAUACGCCACAGUUCGGGAAACCCUACCGACGAUCCUGGAAGAGUACGCUGCCGCGCACGAUAAUCGACGCCCAGAUCUCAUCAUCCACAUCGGCAUCGCCUCGCCGCGCCUGUACUACUCCGUAGAAUCAUUGGCGCACCGCGACGACUACAACAUCACCGAUAUCAACGGGCGCUCCGGCUACGAGGACGGCGAAAAGCGGUGGAGAGGACUGGGGCUGCCGCCAAUCUUAAAGCCUGGCCCUGCGGACCCAUCCACCCCGGGCGUGCUGUCCAACCCGUCUCCACCGGGCGACCACUUCUUGGAAUGCUGGAAGGAGCUCGCGCCGCCUGAUACGGAUAUUCGCAUCUCCCAUGAUGCCGGCCACUACCUCUGCGACUUUAUUUACUAUACCAGUAUGUCGCUGGCGUUCCGGGCGGGUCAUGAUCGGAAUGUGCUCUUUUUGCAUGUUCCCGGUGCGUCGGAGGAUGCGAAUAUCGAGCGCGGUCGCAAGGUUGCUAUUGCUCUUAUCAAGAGUAUGGUUACUUGCUGGAUUGAUGAGAAGCAUGUCGCUGUUUAG